AGCGGAGAUGAAACCAUCAUCCAAUUCUCUCAACCUGGCCCUCUAUUAUUCUCUCUUAUUUUUUGCUCUUGCUAAAAAGGAAUUUGUUUAUGAAACAAAUGAAGAAGCACAACAUUAUCAUACCCUUCAACUAAACUCUUUUUUACCAUCAUCUAAUUGUACCCCAUCCGCUAAAGGUGACAAGAAAGCGGGAUAUUUAGAAGUGGUUCAUAUACAUGGACCAUGUUCUAAAUUAAGUGAAGACAUGGUGACACCCUUGACAGUGGAAGAAAUAUUCACUCAUGAUCAAUCCAGAGUUGACUCAAUCAGGGCUAGAUUGACCACUGGCUCCAAGACCACUCUCCCUGCAAUACCUGGCAGUAUAAUCGGGUCAAGUAACUAUAUCGUGACUGUCGGAUUAGGUACCCCAACUAAAUACCUUUCACUCGUUUUCGACACAGGAAGUGUUCUAACUUGGACACAAUGCCAACCGUGUGACGGAACCUGCUAUACCCAACUAGAACCCAUAUUUGCACCAUCUGCAUCAACCACUUAUAGCAAUAUUUCCUGCAGGUCCACCAAAUGUGUUGGACUUGCUUCUGCAACUAGCAACAAACCCGGGUGUAGCUCAAACAAGUGUAUUUAUCGUAUUAACUAUGGCGACAAAUCUUUCACAACUGGAUUGUUUGGAAAAGACAAACUUAAACUAACUUCAAAAGAUAUAGUUAAUGAUUUCUAUUUUGGUUGUGGUCAAAACAACCAAGGAACAUUUAAUGGUGCUGCCGGGCUUCUAGGACUUGGUCGCGACAAUCUAUCUAUUGUGUCACAAACUGCUACAAAAUACGGAAAAGUUUUCUCUUAUUGUCUCCCAUCAAAGUCAAGCGCCACGGGCUAUUUGACAUUUGGAAGUAGCAUAGUUUCUAAAAAUGUUAAGUACACACCAUUCUCACCACAAUCACAAGGGAGCAAUUUCUAUGGUCUUGAUCUUCUAGCUAUAUAUGUUAGUGGAACUAAACUUGCAAUAAGCCCAACGGUGUUUACAUCCGCAGGUAUGAUCAUAGACUCGGGAACUGUCAUUACAAGGCUCCCUCCUACAGCCUACUCGGCUCUACGUAAAGCUUUCCGUGCAGGAAUGAAGAAAUACAAAUUGACUAAACCCUUUUCUAUACUUGAUACAUGCUAUGAUGUUACAAACACUUCCAAUGUUACAAUUCCAAAAAUAAGCAUGCUUUGGGGUGGGAAUGUGUUAGUUGAGACUCCACCUUCAGGUAUUAUCUAUAAAAAUGGCAAUAGUCAAGUGUGCUUAGCUUAUGCUUCAAAUAUGAAAGAUUCAGAACUUGCUGUAUUUGGAAAUUUUCAACAACAGACACUACAAGUUGUGUAUGAUGAGAAUGCAAAGAAGGUUGGAUUUGCACCAGGAGGAUGUGCUUAAACAAAAUAUGAAGAAAAGAAUUACUACUCUCAAUACAUAUAUGGAUAUAUAGUUUUUAAAAAUAAGUAAAAAGAUUGUUGAAAUAAGGUAUAGGUGUAAGUGUUGUUGGUUACCAUGUCGGAAUUUGUUCAACCAAAAGUAAAUUGUGAUUGCUUUCGAAUUUGGUAAAAGAAUCUGGAAUGCUUCAUAGAGAAAUCAAAAUUCCGAUUGGUUUCAGAUUCGAAUA